AUCACACAGCUUAGAAGCCGUGGCCCUGGGAGGAUGGCUCCAGAGAGUGAUGGGGGAACAGGUUGAGGGGAGGAUGGGGAACCGGGGCUCCAAGGGUCUCAAGCUUUGGGCCAAGGAGCUUGGUCUUGAUCUCCAUGCCUCCCCAACUCCCUUUUUCAUAAAAUCAUGGGUGCUCAAAGUUGGAUGAGGCCUCAGAGAUGAUCUCUCCCUGCACCACACCCCUCCUCAGAAAGGGACCCCAGGGAGCAGCCUCCAAAGAACCAACGCCGAGAGGCAGUCUGCAUGAUCACUGAGAAUAGAGGCGUGGGGUCACCUGGGCCCCGAAAGCCGCACGACCAGGAGCAUGUCACCUUACAAGGCCCCGUCUCCUCAUCUCUAAAAUGGGAGUGCUAAUACCCGCCUCUAGGUGCGCGACACGAAGUGAACGGUCACUGAGUCCUUAGUCAGCUCCCCCUGCUGGAUCUUGCUGGAUGGGAUAAAGGUUCCUGUUCUCUCCCAUUCCGUGGACGGGAGCCGGCAGCUCAGAGAGGAAAUGCCUCAGUAGACCUCUGACCUGCCUUGCGCCAUGUGACCUGGCGACGGGCCAGGCUUCUGUGGCACACUCCCUGCUCUGUGGUGCCAGUGCCAGGCUUCCUGCUUUAUUCUCAGGCCCGGUUGGCCCGGAGCUGCGGUUCUAUCUCCUGGGCCCCUGGUGUCCCUGCGAGCUGCUGCACCCGCCGCCUGCCCAGCCCAGCGCGCGUUGACUUCUGCACACCUUAGCCCCACUAGCUGACAGCCUCCAGGGCUGACUCUCAGCAAACUCUUCUCCCUCUAGUUGCUUCGUGGCAUCCUCCCCCGGGCUUUCAUCUGCCCCUUCCACUGUCCCUCACCCCAUGUCCUUCAGCUCCCCGAGAAAGCCUUGGUUCCAGGAUGCAGCUGGAUUCGCAGUCAGCUUAUCUGAGUGGUCCUGGGUCAGCUUGGUGUGGUCUGCGUGGGCGCAGUCAUCUGACCUUUCUAGGCCUUGCUUUUCCCGCCUGUAGGAACAUAGGGGUAGGGGCAGGAGUUCAACGAGACAAGCUCUUCUGUUGUUAUUUUUAGGGUCACCAGUGUGUUCUGAAUGUAGUUCGUUGUUAAAGAGAAAAGUGGCUUGAUACUGUUCUGACUCAUACCAGGGAUGCCAGGUGUCCUGUGAGUUUUUCUUGGGCAUCUCAGGACCUCCAGGGGACCCCAGAAGGAGGUGGGGGGCAGGUGCAGCCCCCACAACCUAGCAGAUGUAGGGAGGGAGGAGUCCAGCUGGGCCGUGGCAGCCACAAAGGCAACAGGAAACAAAGCCACCCACAUCUGUACUUCCUCAGCACAGCCGCCACGCCUCCAGAGCCACUGCGCCACUGUGAGGAAAGGAGUUGGGCCCCCAGAGUCCUGACCCACAUCCUGCCGCAGCCUGGCUGUCCUGGUGAAAACAGCUUUCGUAGGGUUACACCGUAGUGGAUGAUUUCCUUGGGAGCCAGAUCCCUUCAAGGACCGACAAUGGGCCCCUGGCCUGUCCCCCUCCAGCAUCCCACUGCCCUCCAGCCUUCCUGUUCUGGCGUCUGUUGUGGCUGUCCCCACCACCCCCGGAAGCUUAGGCACACGGGGGACUCACUGGCGCCCCCCGAGGUGGACUUUGACAGGCUGCUGGCCAGCCUGAAGGAUCUCAGUGAGCUGGUGGUAGACGGUGACACCCAGGUGACACCAAUGCCCGGUGGAGCAAGGCUCCGUGUCCUGGAGCCCAUCCCACUGAAGCUCUAUCGGAAUGGCCUCAUGAUGUUCGAUGGGCCCUUCCAGCCCUUCCGUGAGCCCUCCACGCAGCGCUGCCUCCGAGACAUACUGGACGGCUUCUUCCCCUCAGAGCUCCAGCGGCUGUACCCUGAUGGGGUCCCCUUUAAGGUGAGUGACCUGCGCCAUCAGGUCUACCCGGAGAAUGGGCUGGACCCGUUCCCAGGUGAGGGCCGCGUGGUGGGUCAACAGAAGAGUCACAAGCCGCUGGACAGGAUGGAGCACGCAGCCCCUCCCCCGGCCCAGGUUCCCAAUGCACUCCCUGCAGGCUCCAGGAUGACUGCUGAGAAGUUUCUGAACAGGCUUCCCAAGUUUGUGAUCCGGCAAGGCGAGGUGAUUGAUAUCCGGGGACCCAUCCGGGACACCCUGCAGAACUGCUGCCCAUUGCCUGCCCAGGUCCAGGAGAUAGUGGUGGAGACACCAGCCUUGGCUGCUGAGCGUGAGAGGAGCCAGGAGUCACCAGAGUCACCGGCACCCCUGCUCUCCACGCUGCGCAUCAAGUCUGAGAAUGGUGAGCAGGCCUUCCUGCUGAUGAUGCGGCCUGAGGACACUGUUGGUGAUGUGCGCACCCUGCUUGCACAGGCCAGGUGGGCACGGGGCAGGGCGGGCAGCUACAGGGGCUCUCCGGCCCCAGGACCCGGCCUGAUGCAUUCUGCCCGGUUCCCAGGGCCGUGGACGCCACCACCUUCGAGAUCAUCAGUACGUUCCCACCCACGGUCUACCACGACGACACAGUCACACUGCGGGCCGCGGGCCUGGUGCCCAAUGCAGCACUGCUGCUUCGGGCGAGCCGGGCCCCACCGCCUGCUCCAGGACCCGGCCCCUCCUCCAAAUAAAGCGCCCGCUCCCACACAGGCUGCUCCGUGAGGCUCUCUUGGCGGG